AUGUCCCACUCUACUGGCACCGCUCGAUCGUGCGCGCGCGCGCUCGAACGCGCGUUCACAUCGACGAGCGCGUCCGCGAGCGCGUCGGCAGAGUCCGCACCGCGCGUCGCACUCGCCAGCCGGUCAGCCACGCGCUACGCGUCCACGUUCACCGCGAACGCCGACGACGUCAACGACGUCGUCAAGCUCUACCGGGGUCCACACAUUAAACUCUUUCGAGCGUUGGUGCGCACUAAGAUCGCGCAGCUCGGCGCCGCGGUCGGGUUGGCGACGCCACUGUUCCUGAGCGCGAGCGACGCGAGCGGGACGCUCGCGUUCGCCGGCAUCGCGUGCGGCGUCGGCUCGGGCGCGUGCAGCGCCGCACUGCAGUACUACGCGAGACGGUACGUCGGGGAGUUAGCGUUGGUCGAUCGGGGUAAGAAGCUGCGCGUGAGCACGAUGGAUUUUUGGGGCGCGAGAGUGGACGAACGAUUCGGCGUCGAGCGCGUCAAGCCGCCGCUCUCGAAUCUCUCCAGAGGUGAGCUCGAGGAGAUCGCCAAUCGGACUUUCAUUCCAUUAGACAUUAUCGGUGAGCGACAGUACGUGGUGUCUCUGCGACACGGUGAUUUACUCGACGCGAAGAAAUUAUUCGCCGUGCUCGGCAGCGACGCCGACGCGCGUACGUCUCACGCGACGUCGCCACGCACCGGCCGAGAUGCGUCGGAAUAG